GUCAAAUGUCAAUUAUCAAAAAUCAAUUGAUUACAAUAAGAAAAAUUGAAGAGAUGAUGAUUAUUUCUCUCAUUAAUAUACCCCAUUAUUUUUUGUUCUUUUUCAUCCCCAAUCACUUGUGCUUUAAAAUCAGUUGAUAAGUUGAAUGUAACAUGCACGUCCAUGCAUGAUUUAGGUUACCAAAUGCCACUAGGUUACAAAAAUUAAUUUUACGCACAACACAAACACACACACACCCACUAUCAAACCCAGAUUCCUGCCAUAAAAAUCCAUAUCCAAUAACAUACAAGCAUACAAAUUAGUACUUUUACUCUCUAGUUUUCAUACAAUAAAGCCAAUGUUGAGUUUUUGGGGUUUGUUCAUUUUUGUUAUUCUUUUAAUUGAUUCCGUCGAAAAUCAAUCUAGUACUGCGAAAUCCGAUAGCGGUGAUAAUUAUUACAUAACAUGGGACGAUGUGACUCUGAGUAGCAACGAAUCUUGGUUGAGUGCCGAUUAUGGAGAUCAGAACCAGACAAGGAUAAUCGUGGUCAACAAUAAAGGCGGAGGAGAUUCUUUGACCGUACAAGGCGCCGUGGACAUGGUGCCGGAGAAUAAUUCCCAGAGAGUAAAAAUCCAUAUUCUUCCCGGAAUUUACAGGGAAAAAGUCCAUAUCCCUUUAUCGAAACCGUAUAUUUCAUUUAUUGGGGACCAAAACAAGAGCGACCAAACAGUUAUAACUUGGCACAGCAAAGCCUCAGACAGAGACAAAAAUGGAAGUGUUGUGGGAACUUGGAAUUCGGCUACUGUCACUGUCGAAUCAAAUUACUUUUGCGCAUCUCGUGUCACUAUUGAGAAUUCAAUACAAUGUAAUGGGACAGCUAGUGAAGGAUAUCAAGCGGUAGCUCUAAGACUAUCGAGCAAUAGAAGUAUGUUUUACAAAGUCCGGUUCUUAGGCUCACAGGACACGCUUCUCGACGAAUAUGGGACACACUAUUUUCUCGAGUGUUUUAUCCAUGGCUCGGUGGAUUUCAUAUUUGGAUAUGCAACAUCACUCUACCAGGGAUGUAACAUCUCUGUGGGGGAGAAUCCAUAUGCUAUAGUAGCCCAGAGUCGAGACUCGGCAAAUGAAGACACGGGCUACUCGUUUGUGAACUGCACGGUGACUGGGGAUGGGCCCGUUUACCUGGCCCGGGCUUGGGGAAACUAUUCGCGUAUCAUAUUUGCGUAUAGCGAGUUUGAUAUCGAUGUAAUUCCUGAUGGUUGGAGUGAUUGGGGAGACCGAUAUAGGGACAGAAUGGUGGUAUUUGGAGAAUACGAGUGCAGUGGCAGGGGAGCAAACAGAACAGGGAGAGUACCUUAUUCUAAAGAGCUGAGUUUUGAGGAGGCAGUGCCAUAUCUUAAUACAUCAUUCAUAAGUGGGGAUCUUUGGCUAAGGCUUUAAUUGUAACAAUUUGUUAUGUUUCAAUCAUUCCUUCUCAUGUACAUUCAAAUGCACAAGAAAAUAAAUGGCUCCCCAGGUUCUGUAGUUGGAGAGUUGACUAGAAAAAUAUUCAUGUAAUAUUUAGUUUUUUCAAUUUCUCAAGUGUAAGUGUAAGGCUAUGUUUGUUUAUAAAUAAACUCAAUUUAUACUGGUACUUAAAAUCUAACUUAUUUUUAAUUCAAUUCA